UCAGUUUCAGUCUCAUCCCGGCACUCGACAACAACGCUCUUGCUUUGCAACCGCGCCGCGUAUCUUUCAGGUCUUAGCUCUCAGUACUCAGCUCUCAAGACAUAAACAUUUCGGAAGUCGGUAUCGGUAUCGGAAUAAGAAUCUAAAACAGAAUCGGAUCGUAAAGGAUCGGAGUGCGGAAUCGGAACGAAGAUUUAAAAGGUGGCCAGGAUGCGGCAAUUGUGCAUCACAAUUGGGCGCCAUCAAAGCGGGGCAAUGUGUGUGGUGAAGUGUGCCGCGUAAAAGAGGCUGCCGGAACAGCCGCGCGGAAAGUGGCCUUAGCAAAAGAAACAAAUACAAAAAUAUAAAGAUCAGAUUUGUGGCCCAGUGAACAAGUUACAGAAAGUGUUUUCCAACGCGCACGACCUUUUUCGACCCCCACUGCGGAUUACAAUCAGCCCAAAAAUCGAAUUUAAAACUACAAAAACCUAGAUCUCACUGCCACCUUGGAGUCACCACAAAAUGAAGCUCAAGUCGCCAAGUGAAGCGACCACCAGCAGCAUCAUAAUGUUCUCCCGCCAGUGCCUUUCCCACCCAACCCGCUCACCACCACCCACAGCCUCUGCCCAGGGUCGCCUGAGGCCCUCCACCCGCUCCACAGCCCCAAUGGCAUCCACUCGAUGGACGCUUAGCCUCUGGGCGCUGAUGAUCGCCAGUGGCUGCUCAAUGCUCAACACGCCGACAGCGGCAGCCUUCGAUAUUGCCACAUGCAAUGUGCCCCUGGGCAUGGAGUCGUUGGCCAUAACAGAUGCUCAAAUCACAGCGAGCUCAGCCCACGAUACGGGCUUCGUUGGUCCUCAACAUGCAAGACUGAAAACCGAUAAUAAUGGCGGUGCCUGGUGCCCCAAGCACAUGGUCUCGAACGCGCUCAAGGAGUAUCUGCAGGUGGAUCUACUCCAGACGCAUGUCAUCACCGCCAUCCGCACCCAGGGCAGAUUCGGCAAAGGACAGGGCCAGGAGUACACCGAGGCCUAUGUCUUGGAGUACUGGCGGCCGGGUUUCGACAAGUGGCAGCGCUGGAAGAAUAUCCAGGGCAAGGAGAUUCUUCCAGCCAACAUUAACACAUACAGCGAGGUGGAGAAUGCCCUGCAGCCGAUCAUCUUCGCCUCGAAGAUACGCAUCUAUCCUUAUGGCCAGUACGACCGCACCGUCUGUCUGCGGGCCGAGAUCGUCGGCUGUCCCUGGGAAGAGGGCAUCAUGUCAUACAGCAUUCCCAAGGGCGUCCAACGCGGCAUGGAGGUGGAUCUCUCGGACAAGACCUACGAUGGCAAUGAGCAGGGCGAUCGCUUUGUGGACGGACUUGGCCAGUUGGUUGAUGGGCAGAAGGGCAAGGAUAACUUCCGCACGGACAUCCAUGGAUUUGGCAAAGGUUAUGAAUGGAUUGGCUGGCGGAAUGAUACCCCGGGCCUGCUCGGCAAGCCGGUGGAAAUCGUCUUUGAAUUUGAUACGGUUCGCAAUUUCAGUGCCAUCGUGCUGCACACGAACAAUAUGUUCACCAAGGAUGUCCAGGUCUUUGUCCAUGCCAAGGUAUUCUUUAGUAUCGGCGGACGUUACUUCUCGGGAGAACCCGUACAGUUCUCAUAUAUGCCCGACACUAUAAUGGAUCAUGCCCGGGAUGUGACCAUUAAGCUGCACCAUCGGGUUGGCAAAUAUUUGAAAAUCAAUUUGUACUUUGCCGUCAAAUGGAUUAUGCUAUCGGAGAUCAGCUUUAUAUCCGUGCCCGCCCUGGGAAAUUUCACAGACGAGCAGGAGCAGAGGAGCAACUCGCCCGGACUGGCGCAGGACACUCGCGAGUAUCCGCUGCAGAGCAACGAGUAUCAGCACAAUCAUGGCAAGAAUAAGCCCAACGGAGGAGGCAACUCGCCCGGAGGUCCUGGAGGAGGCGUGGUCACCGCGGACGGCGAGUCCGGCGGCAACAGCAAAUACAACAACGGACCGCAAUUAAUUGCGCCACGCCCCAUCGAUCAGGAGCCGAACGACGCCAACUUCAUCGGCGUGGUCAUCGUGGUCCUGACCACGAUUAUCAUCCUGCUGGUGGCCAUCAUCCUGUUCAUAGUCUCGCGAACGAAGCGCGCCCGCGGCAGCAAUGUCCUCGACGCGUUCCAGUACAGCUUCAACCCGAACACCCUCGGCGGCAAUGUGGACAAGCAUCGUCCCAAUGGCACCAGCAUCAAGGCCAGCGUGGACGAUAACGACUCGAUUGGCAAGAACAGUCUCUACCACGAACCCUUCAAUGUGAAUAUGUACACCAGUGGCGUGAAUGGCUACGCCGCGGUUAAUGAUUUACAAUGUAAUAUGACGCCCGACUACACAGAUGUGCCGGAAGGUGGUUAUGCCGUGCCCCACAUGCAGGACUACCUGCCCUCGUCGAAAGUGGGUGGCCCCGGUGGACCCGGUGGUUAUGUGAACGUGCGCCGCACUCCACCGCCGCCGCUAAGCAGCAUUUUCCCCCGACCGCCGACUGUGCCGCCACCGCCCAUGGAGAAGUACUAUGCCACCACUGCCAUCUUUAAGCCGCUCAAGGGACCCGGCUCGGAGCGCAGCGCCGGGAGCAGCAGCAACACCAACACCGUGAGCAGCGGCGGCGGCAAGAGCAGCCACAGCCACAACAGCGGACAGGAGCACAGCGGCAUCUAUGACGACGGCAUGGGCACCAUGAACUCCCAGUCCACCGCUCCCAUGAUCAAUCCAUACAGCACCGGGAACAGCUCGGCGGCGGCCGCUGCGGCAGCUGCUGCCGAGUUCCAGCGGGCCAGGACAUACAACUUUCGCAGCUAUCCCGACAACCUCUAGUUCGAAGCCUCGCUGAAGUUGGUGGCCGCGGCGGGCGGCGGCGUUGAGUCCGGUCUUGUGCCAAAGCGGACUCCCGCCGGUAGCACCACCAUGCCGAAGAAGCCGCAGCACCUGAGCCUGGCCAGCAGCGUGGCUGGCGGUAGCGUCAGUGGCAAUGGCAAUGGCAAUGGCAACGGCAACGGUAGCAAGCCCAAAUACAGCCUGACCCUGCACAACAACAAGCAUGCCCAAGGAGGUGGCAAGAAUCCGCAAGCAGCGACUCUGCGUGAAGGUCACCAGCAGCGGCAACACCUCAAGGCCCUGCGCCUGAUGAGGGAGGCUGGCGAACCGGGCGGAGCAGGUGGAGCAGCUGAGGCGGCAGACUACCGGCGGCACAACGGCGGAACAGGACUAUCGCCCGCCGAGGAGGCGGUGGGCGUGCACCUGAAGGCCGGUGCAAAGUCAGCGACUGCCAACGGCGAGGCUUCGAGCAACAUGACGAAGUCCGGAAACGGAAGCACUGGAAUGGCGAACGGUGCCAUGAGGGCACAAAACAACAGGCUGUGGUAUCAUUGAUGAAAGCCCCAUAUUGAAUGGAUUUGAGCUAUAAAACCCUACACUGAACUCAAAAUGAAAACGCAACAGCAACCAGGAAAAGGACUCUAUGCAGCGGUUAGAUACACCAAGCUGGACCCAUUCCCCAAAUUGCAAAGAGUUCGGAGGGACGGCAAGCAAUGCAAACAAAGCGUCGCAAACACUUAAACCCACUGAGCAAACGAGAAACGAAAAGAAUCGAAAUGUAACCAAGUCGCUUACCCAAUCAUUUAUAGAGUAGAGUCGAAAUAAUGCCAACGAAGUAGCGGUGGUGAUGGAAGGAGAUGGUGUCCGGAGCAUCCUGUAAAUAUCCGAGUUUAGGAAUCGAUCGGUAGUGAACCACAUGCAUAUGAUAGUAAGCAAGCUGAAUUUUAAUGAAGAGCCCCCGGAAGCAACUUAGGCAACUCACGACGAACUCUCGAGCAAGAAAAGCACACGAGCAAAGAAAAUAUUAAGACGAAUUUAAGGUUUAGAAUUUAGCCACAUAGUUUGUUUAUAAAACGAAAGAAAGGUAAUAAAUAAAUAUUGUAAUGAGUAACGAGUAAUGAGUAAUGGUAGUAGCGAUACGAAUAACUAGCAUAUAAAGUUCAACUGAUUUGUAGUACCUUUUCGAGAAGAACACUGAACAUCUGCAAGCUAACUGUACAUGCCUGUGAACCUGCCCCGAACUAUCUAUCUAGACCCAGCCCCAAACACGCCUACACUCAUAUGCCCCACUACCGAAAACCCCACUGUAAAUUUCUGUGUAUAAUCUAGGAGAGGUAUCGUCGAGAUACAUAGAUUGUUUGCUAAAUAGAUGGAAGCGCCGCGUCUAGCAAAGUUACCUAGGGGAGAGACGGUCGAACGAGGUGUGAAGAUAAUGAUGAUGAUGAUAAAAUUGAAACGGAAUUUAACGGACCAAGAUUGCGUGCAGAGCGACGUCGCCUAAAACCAAGUAAAAUGAAGUUUUCAUCAAUGAUUUGUGAUUCAAUAUGCAACUACUUAUAGGCCCGCAAGACGCGAGUAUUCAGUUCUUAAUGCUAACCUUAAUUUAUGGAAACGUACUACCCGCUAACAAAUGACUCUGACUAUAAAUGCAAGCACUAUGAAUAUUUAAAUCGAAACAAAACGUAUUUAUAAUUAAUAUUAAUGGAUAAUCAUGUAUAUGUUCCUUUUUAGUUUAAUGCGCAUAAGUAUCACCAGAAAAACGUACUAAGAGUUAAACGUAGUAGCUUCAUAGUAGUUUAAUAAAGCAGCAGCUGCGACUGGCGGCAUUUUAUAAAACCAGGAAAAUAGGCAACCAUAGGCGAGAGUUGGAAAUAGCAUUAAAGGGUAAACCAGUCGAGACACUCAGCAGCAAACAAACUUACACGGCAAAUCGUAGUUAAAACAGUAGAACAAAUAAGGAAACAAAGCAGGCACAUACACACCCACACCCACAAUCACACCCCCACACACAC